CCACUAGUUGGGUGAUACUAAUGAUUGAUAUCCUCCCAAUGAAACAUGCUUCUUGCAAAAGGUAUCUCCUCUGUACAGCAUAUUGCAUUACUGAGUGUUAUUGUGUAAUGUUUUAUUGACAGGUUCAUCUCCGAGGGUAUGUGAACAGAUUAUUUGCAGCCAUCACUUGUUCAGCCAUGGCAUGCCCAACUGUCAUGUGUCAGGUGUUCCACAACAUUAGAGAAGCUGCUGCCUGGAAGUUUCCAAAUGAUGAGGAUGUCUGUUACACAUCAGUGAGUGGUUUUGUGUUCCUGAGAUUCUUUGCCCCUGCCAUUUUAAACCCUAAAUUAUUUCAGAUGAGAAAUGAACACCCGGAUGCACAGACAGCAAGGACUCUAACACUUAUAUCCAAGGCAAUACAAAGUUUAGGAAAUGUUGUGAGUUCUGUCCUGUGUGGACAGGUGAAAGAACCUUAUAUGGAAACAUUGAAGUCAUUAAUUCUUGAUCAGGAACAUAUAACUGCUGUCAAAAGGUUCUUGGAGAUCAUCUCAUCACCCAGUAGAGCACAAGGGCUGCCUGUAGACUCUACCAUUGUUCUCAAGGAGGGGAUGUUGAUAAAGCGAGCCCAAGGACGAAGCAGGUUAGGAUUUAAAAAUUUCAAAAAGAGGUUCUUUGUUUUGACAAACAAAGGUCUUUCGUACUCCAAGGACAAGACCAAAGCUACUCUUGGACACAUUCCUGUAUGUGACAUCUUGGGAGCAGAAAGCCUUGGAGAAGACUCCUUCCAUUUAAAACUGAUGGUACAGAUAAUUCAGCCUGACAGACUGUUAUAUGUACAGGCAAGCAACACUGUUGAAGAAAGAGAAUGGACCCGUGCACUGCGUAAAGUGUGUCACAGCAAUCCACACCGAGUUCAUAAGUAUCACCCUGAAGCCUUUGUAUGUGGCAAGUGGCUAUGCUGUAAAGAACGAUCAGAGAAAGCCACAGGAUGCACACCCAUAACAGAAGUGCCUCAACCUAAAUGCGUGAACGUAGCUAUAGAUUGUGAUCGGGAGAUUGAGAGAAUACACUCCUUAUUCUUAAUAAACCUGGACAAGCUGGACGAGCUGCAAACUGAAUGCGAAAGUCAAUGUGAAAACUGUACAGUCGAAGGAACAACCCCGGAAAUGUGGAAACAAAAGUUGGCGACGAUUAAUGAUAUCCGUUCACACAUUAUCAGCCUAGAGCAAGAGCACAAACAGCACCGUAAAAUUACACAUCGUCUUACAAGACAUGGCAGCAAAAAAUGUCCUUGGGGACCAACUCAAGAAUCUCCUGAUCCCUUUAGACGUCAUUUAAUCUUACAAUAGUUUAUGUAUAUAUAUAUUAAUAAUGAUGUAGAGGUGUCACAUGUCUUUGUAGUAUAGUUAAUUGUCUGAUAAAAUAGUUCAAAGAACGUACAACUUAAGCAGGUAGAAUAGAACCUUUACACCAAAAGUCAUUGUAAAUGCAAGGUUCAAAAAGGUGAAGCAUAAACGUGCCAUUUAUUAAUUCAAUAUAGUUACUUUUUAAUUUUUACGUCAAUGUCUCAAAGUGUUAUUUUUUUAUGUUGUGAAAGCUUUUUAAUCUUUAUAAUAUCGUAACCAUUCGUUUGUGUUAAGGUAGUAGAUUGAAGUGCUUGUAAAAAGAAAAAUGUUCAAGGCAAUGUCUACUUAAUAUUGAAUUUUGGAAUUGGAAUUUAUUGAAGCAGUCUAGAUAGAAACUGAAUUGGUUUUAUCAGUCAAUUACCGGGAACAACAUAAAUUAGAAAUGUAGUUAUACAUUGAAUGGGUAUUUUAAUGCAAGAUAUACACUCGGGAAAAAAGUGUAAUAUUUUAUGAUAUUUGACUCACCAGGCAAAUAACGACGAAUAUUUUCUUAGACUUUUCAAACCCAUCAAUUGCUUGGUGUAUAAGCAUUGUUUCUGGCAAGUGUUUGCAGUGUAAAUGCUGUUGCUUCGCUCUCAAUUAAACGCCUGCAUGUUUCGAAAAUAUUCUGAAGUAACUCAAAUAAUUGUAGCAAUGUUUCACGUCUUAAAUUUUGAAGGUCUGUUGAAGAAAAUUGCUUGUAAGUACACAGUUUUGUACUGUGGUAGUAAAGCAGUUUUCAUCAUCACGAUCUGCGAAGCCUCGCUAUAAAAAUCCAAUCCAGUCAUGAAAACUGCAAAUCAGUGAAGCGUACUACUUUUUGUUCUGUUUGUAGUGACAUCAGUGCUUUCUUGGCCCCAAAGCAAAUGUAAGGGCCUCGUUACUUCCGAGACUUUUCGGCAUAAUUCACGAAAUAAUUAUAAGAAAUAAGAGAUUUGCUGAUUUCAGCAAUUCUCUGGGAAUGACAUUCUGAAAACGAAGUUCCUGCAGUUGCGUGACAUAUAAAUGGUACUUGUUUGCCUUUUCCACAGUCCUUUAUUUUAAUUUCGUUUUAUCUGCACUGUAUUCUUACUGAUUGACAAUGAUUAUGAAUGGUAAGUGUUGCUUUAUUAUUUUUGUAAUAUAAGUUUCCUCUUUAUGCUAAAACCAUCGUGAUGUAAAUUAGUUGAAACUUUUGCGUAUUUCAAUGUAAAUUAUUUUGUUGGUUAGGGUGAGGAUUACAUGUAUUUAUUAAGGUCA